AAAUGAGCGCUCAUUUAUCACUUGUUUUUUUCACUAUUGAUAUCUGAUAAAAACCGAGAUCAACUGCUGCGAUAAGCGAAACAAUGUUCACCUUGACAUUGAUUAAUAUUUCUUUAGUUUUUUUGUUUUUGUUUUUUUUGCCUGACCAAAUUGGCGAGUUUCGGAUUUCUGCAAACAUGGGGUGCGGGUUCCAGAGCGCUGCUAUAGCAACCACGGGACGCGCGCUCCUCUGUGACGUCACGCCAUUGUUGACACCCGAACGGAGAAUGGUAUGUAUAAGCGGCCGCAGAGGAAGAAUGGGAGGAAGUUUCAAGGCGUGAUGUUGUGAACUUCGAGUCACCAUGUGGAAUAGAAUUAGCGGUUCCACCGCCGUCACGGAGAAGCCAACCGUCUAUCCAGAAUGGAAGGAGUUUAGUGCAGUAGACUGGGCGACCGAGAACCGAGUUAGAUUCCGGCCUGUGUCAUGUGCCAAUGGCGGUCCGAAACGGUCACAGCUGCAGCUGACGAAGCUGGACGGGGGGCGACGUCAUAACCCCCACGCCGGCCUAGCCAGACACAUUGACCAGCUGCAUGGGAAGAAGCCGGUGUGCGCUGUCCAGACGCUGUUGAAAGAACCUCCCGCCGACAAGUCCCUUGCUCCUUCCAUGUACACGACCCAGUUCGAAUACCGGAAACCACCGGAGCCGCGGCUCGUCAUUUUCCGGCGAGACAGACAGAAGAAAGCCAUUGGGAUAGUGCCUCAGAAUAACAUCUCCUCUCGGACUGACGUUCGCGAGGAAAUGAUGCUCCCAGUGUGCCAGUCGUUGGAAAUGCCAAGUUUGGACAACCCCCACACGUAUCUCCCACGGAGGAAGCGGAUCAAGACCCCGUAUGAAGAGGAGGGUGUGUUCUACAGCGAAUCUCAGUGCGCCAAUGUAUGCAGCGCCCCUACCGGUGGGGUGAGGCUCGGAAUCACAAACCUCACAGGCAAAGAGUUCACCCGGAGGCGAUUCGUGGCGCCCCCUAGAACUACCCUCACAGUCAAAGGUUUCGACGGCGGCCUCCCCCCAACAGAUAAUGGAACCUUCCAGUCACAAAUGAUGCCCUUUAUGAGGGCCAAGAGCAUUAUAUGAAUCUCAGGGGUGGAGGGUGGGUGGGUGGGUGCGUUAGUGGCCUUUCUUUUACAGUAUUAGUGUUAAUCGUUAAUUCAUGUUUAUUUUAUUUAUGUAUUUAUAAGGUUUCUGUACGUGUGUGUGAGACGUAUGUUCUGGCUGAAUAUGCGUGUAAGGGUUCGUGCGCUUAACGUACGUAUCUUAUGCGUAAUGUAUGCACGUGCACGUGCACACAACGCAUAUUUGUGCGUAACUUAUUCAUGUGUGUAACGUAUUCGCGUGCUUAACGAAUGCAUGUGCGUAACAUGUGUGUGUGUGUGUGUUUGUUUGUAUGCGUGUGUGUGCGUGAAUUGCAUGAACGUACUAUACGCAUGAGCGUCUCGUGUGUUUGUUGGUAACGUAUGCGUGUGCGCAAGGUAACUAUGUUUAAUUAAACUAAAGGUUUAGGCUCUGAGUUUGGUCUGAGUUGUAUAUAUGUAUAUAUGUCUUAUUUAUUACAAAGUGUUUGAAGUGCAUGGACACAGUAUGUCUGUUUAACAGCGCCUUGAUUUCGUUUGAUGGACAUUCAAAGAUGUUCCAUUUGUCUCUGGUGCCAAAACAAUGAUUAGAAAGGUUUGCGUAUGGUGUUACAUUUGAUCAAUCAAGCUUUUCUAGAGAGUCAUAUUUGUAAAUAUGUGUGCUAAUAAACGUAUCAACCUAUCAUUGUCAAA